UUUCCCACCUUCCAUUGUUUAUUUUCCAGUUCACCGACGGGCUGACCUCACUUCAUCAAAAUACGUACCUAAAAUGCAAACAAAAAAUUCAUGUUCGUCACCUGCAGCAGAAGCUCUGUACUGUACGUAGUUUAUACAUAUACGUAUUCAUUAGAAAUAUUUACAUACAUUUAUUUAUACAAUAAUAUAUAUUCAUCCGCGAGCUCAUUUUCCUUGAAGUCUAACGUGAUUUUUGCCUGCCCGGCCUUGAUUGACUGAUCACUAUAUUCCUUUAAUUUUCUGCAUUAUCAACUGCUGGAUCGGUUUAUAUAUUUUGCUAUUCACAUUUCUAUUCCUUUGAUUAAUUAAUUAAUUAAUUAAUCAAUUAAUUAUGGGAUCUGUUGUUUUUACUGAUGAUAUGGAAGCUUUUCUAAAUCCUAGCUCCAUCAAGGUUUAUCCCUUAAUGUGCACAACAUUAAUCAACAUUGUGAGUAAAGCUUCAAGGAUACUUGCAGCAAUAGAAUCAACUCGGCCCCGAUGCACAUCAGGGAUGGAGUCGCUUUGCUCAUUGAACAAAGCCAUCGAAGAGUUGAAGUCAAUAAUCAACCAAUGCACUCAAUCUAGUAAGCUCUACCUUGCCCUAAGAGGAGACAUUAUACACUCAAGAUGCAUACGGUCAAGGAGAUUAAUGGAGGCCAGCCUCGACGACAUACAAAAUAUGGUUCCUUUAUCGCUCGCUUCACAGGUAUGUGAAUUAGGUGCUGAUCUCAGAGCUUCGACGUUUAUCAUAGAAGGAGCUGAACAGGAAGCCGCUAAGGCUGUGAAAGAAAUACUCUAUAAUCAGUUCGUUGCAAAGAGUGAAGUAGAGGAGUGGGUUAAGGUUGCCAUGUCCCUACUAAAUAUUAACACUCCAAAAGCUCUUUUGGUAGAGAAAAAAUCAAUCACAAUGAUGCUACAUAAUCUUGGAGAUGGCCAGAAGAAGACCAUUUUGACCUUCUUGCUCCAUCUUUUGAGGAAGCACGGGAAACAAAUUGUGGAGACAUAUUCUUCCCAAAAAUAAUUUAAUGAUAAGUGAAUGCUGCUUAUCAAAAAAUGAAGAUAACGUACUUAUCAUGCAUUUGAUUAGUCAAAGGCAUUAUUUCACUAUUUAUUUAUGUUUAAUAUAUUUUUUAUUGCAAAAUUCAUAUAAAUCCAUUUGGAUAAGGUAUGACACAUUAAUAGUACCAUAAAACUUGUCUAAUACGUACUAGUAGUCUAAUAGACAUAUUAUGCCAUGUUGGGUGAGUCCUAGCAAGGGUGGAAUUUUG